AUGGAACCUGGCACAGGCAGUGGCAGCAGGAAUGUCACCAGCACUGGCACGGAGCCUGGCAGCAGGACAGGCAUCGGGACUGUCACCAAGCCUGGCACAAGCACCAGUGCUGAGACUGGUGCUGGCAGCGGCACUGACCCUGGGACUGGCACCGGCCAUCACUGGUGUGCCAGCACUGGCAACUGGACCCUGGACCCGUCAGGGGACUGGUACUACUGGUGGCUCAGCCUGAUGGCACUGCCCAUCCUCUACAACUGGAUCAUCCUCAUCUGCAGGGCCUGCUUCUCCGAGGUGCAGGUGGCACAUGCAGGGCUGUGGCGCUGCCUCGAUGGCAUCAGCGACACCUUGUACCUGCUGGACAUUGGCAUCCACCUCCACACCGCGUUCCUGGAGGCAGGGCUGCUGGUGCGUGCCCGCGGGCGCAUCGGGCACCGCUACCUCCGCUCCUCCUCCCUGCCCUGGGACCUGGCCUCUCUGCUGCCCACCGGCCUGCUGCACUCCUCGCCGCUGGCCCGUGCCAACCGCUGCCUGCGGGCACCUCGCCUCUGGGAAGCCUUUGAGCGCUGGGAGACCCGCACCGGGCACCCUCAUGCCUUCCGGGUGGGCAAGCUCCUGCUUUACCUCCUGGUGGCCAUCCAUUGGCACUCCUGCCUCUACUACGCCCUCUCUGCCCAUCUGGGGCUUGGCACCGACCCUUGGGUGUGCCCCAACGCCAGCCGCCCGCUGCGCCGCUACCUCCACAGCUUCUACAUCUCCACCCUGGUCCUUGCCACCGUCGGGGACACGCCGGUGCCAGGGCGCCAGGAGGAGCUGCUCUUCUUCACCCUCGGCUUCCUCUUGGCAGUCCUGGGCUUUGCCACCGUCACUGGCAGCAUCAGCUCCGUCAUCACCAACCUGCUGGCAGCCGAUGCCAUCUUCUACCCGGACCCAGCGCCGGCCAAGCGUUACCUGCGGGCACAAGGGGCGGGCAAAGGCUUGGCGAGGAAGGUGGCAGCCUGGCACCAGCACCUGCGGGCGGAGCGCAAGCUGCCGUCCGAGCUCCAGGUGCUGAAGUUCCUGCCCCGCAGCCUGAUGGCAGAGGUGGUGGCAGAGGUCCACCUGCCCGCCUUGGCACGGGUGGGCAUCUUCCAAGGUUGGCAGGAGGGGGUGCUGAGGCAGCUGGUGCUGAGGCUGCGCCCGCAGGUGUUUGGGCCAGGGGAGUUCGUUUGCCGCCGAGGGGACGUGGGCAGGGAGAUGUUCUUCAUCAGGGAGGGGCGCCUGGCAGUGGUGGCAGAGGAUGGCAUCACCCAGCUGGCAGUGCUGGGGCAGGGCCUCUACUUCGGGGAGAUCAGCCUCAUCCACAUCAAAGGGAACACCUCCGGGAACCGGCGCACGGCCAACAUCCUGAGCCUGGGCUACUCAGACCUCUUCUGCCUCUCCAAGGAGGACCUGACCGAGGUCCUGACCGAGUUCCCCAGCGCCAGGGCCGCGCUGGAGGCUAAGGGCAGGCAGCUGCUGCUGGCCAUGGGCAAGUUGGACCUUCAGGCAGAAGCCAGAGAGGUGGCAGCCCAGGAGGAGGCCGAGAGGUGGCUGCGGGAGCUGGAGGUGGCCCUGGAGGGGCUGCAGGUGCGAGCGGCCAGGUUGGUGGCACAGCUGGAGGCCAACGGCCUCAGGAUGGCACUCAGGGUGCAGCGCCUCGAGGCGGGCGGCAGGCGGCGGUGGCUGGCUCCUCCUCGGGGCUCCCUCCGCCUCCCGGUGCCGCCUCCGCCGGGAGCCGCCUCCCGUUCACUCUCCCGGUGGCUCCGGAGCCGAAAGGAGCAUCCCGGGGGCUUCCCGGGGCUCCUCCCGGUGCCACCGGAGAGGGUGGGGGCGGGAGGGGGGGCGGGGUAUGUGAGGUGCCGGUAG